UUUGGCUUUUACGAGGUACGCCACCAUCACCAUUUUUCAGCAAAUUUUUGCUCGCUUUUUACUGUUGAAGACAAAACAAAGUAAGAUUCCACACUCGUAAAAGGAAAUAUCAAUAAAAAGGGCAGUUAAGCAACGAGAAACAGAUAUGGGAAAAGUCUCCAAGUUUUCGUGGCCUAAAGUAAUCGUCCGAAAAUGGCUGAAUAUACCGAGUGGAGUAGACGAGUUUCACUCCGAUUACGCCAUCAACGGCAAAAUUGAUGAAACAAGAAAGAGUUGCUCCGACGAGGAUUACUACGCGUUCGUACCGGAAGAUUUCUCAGGCUGGUUGAUGGAAGCUGCCGGAGGGAUUAAGCCGACGUUAGUCUCUCCGGAGACUCUUCCUGUCACCGAUUCAGUCAAUCUCAGGAUGUUUGUAGGGACAUGGAAUGUGGGAGGGAAAUCACCUCACCAUGGUUUGAACUUAAGAGAUUGGUUAAGGUCACCUGCUCCUGCUGAUAUCUAUGUUCUUGGGUUCCAGGAAAUCGUUCCUCUAAAUGCUGGAAACGUGCUUGGAGCCGAGGACAACAGCCCUGCUGCACAGUGGCUUUCCCUUAUUCGUCAAGCUUUGAAUACCAACCCGAGUGACCUAGAACUUGCUCAAUGUUACAAUAUUAUGAGCCCGUCCUCACUGUGGCUUGAACAGCAAGCAAGUGGGAAGCGAAAGAUCAGCUGUUCCGAUUUACUUUCGAUGGAAGAUGAAAUCAGGAAAGAUGAUUUCGAAAGAUUGAUGAACUUGAAUUCUCGUUUAAGCGAAGACGGUUCACCUAGCCCCACUUGCAUGUCCAGCAGUCCAAAGCAGCGGCGCUUCUGCUUAGCUGCUAGCAAGCAAAUGGUUGGCCUUUUCUUGUGCGUGUGGGUUCGAGCUGAUCUUUACCAGCAUAUUAGCAACCUGAAAGUCUCUUGCGUUGGCCGCGGCAUCAUGGGAUAUCUCGGAAACAAGGGUUCAAUAUCCAUUAGUAUGACAUUGCACCAAACAACGUUCUGCUUCGUUUGUACCCACUUGACUUCCGGAGAGAAAGAAGGCGACGAGAUCCGAAGGAAUUCGGAUGUUGCUGAAAUCUUAAAGAGAACAAGGUUCUCUCAUACCCUUAGAGGUCGCAAACAGCCACUUCCUCCGCAUACCAUUGUCGACCAUGAUAAGAUCAUUUGGUUAGGGGAUUUGAACUAUCGGCUUGCUGCCGGUUACGCUGAUACAUACGAACUACUGAAGAAGAAUAAUUGGCAAGCACUUCUAGAGAAGGAUCAGUUAAGAUUAGAACAAAGGGCCGGUCUGGUGUUCGAAGGAUGGGAAGAAGGCACGAUAUACUUCGCUCCAACUUACAAAUAUCUCACAGAUUCCGACGACUACGUCGUGCAAACAUCGAACUCCAAAGAAAAACGGCGGAUUCCUGCCUGGUGCGAUAGGAUACUAUGGAAAGGCGAAGGAAUUAAGCAGAUGUGGUACUCAAGGGGCGAGUUGAGGUUCUCGGAUCACAGACCGGUUUAUUCGCUCUUCUCUGUCCAAGUGAAUUCAGCCAACUAUCCCAUCUCGACCGCAAGAUCCUGCCCACCAACAUUAUCGAAAUUAACAGCUUGUGUAGCCAAAGUCCAAGCCGAAGAACUUUUACUAAUUCCCAGGGCACAAAGCUACAUAAACACAACUCCCAGGUUCUGAAAACCCAAAAAUUCCAUGUCCAAAAGAUGGGCCACAAAGCCGACAUCAUUCUUGCCUUCGGCAUCCUUAAGAUGGCACGCUUGCUCGGUUUAUGAUGAUGGUCAUGAUGGAAAAUAUAGCAUGGCCUGCUAUUUGGAGGAACAUCUUUUGGUGGAUGAAUCAUAAUAGAAUAUGUACACACUUAAAAAACUUGAAUGGCAUGCCUGAAUUUUUUGUCGAAAAGGCGAUGAUCUCAAUGGAAUCUGUAAAUACGUUCAGAAGUAGAAGCAGUGCAGCCCCUGGGGUUUGAGUUUUGAUUAUGAUUUAAAGUCUUAACUGGAAUGGAGGGAAACAAAAAGGGUUUGCAGAAGGGCUUUGAUUAAAGCAAGCACUGUUUAGAAACUGCAAAUGC